AUAUAUCCACUGGAGUAGCUGUUUUGCAGAGUUUUUGAACCAUGGCGAAGAACAACAGCCUCCAUCCAAACAGCAAUGGAGAGACGGACGACUCACCAAACAUGCUGGUUUACAGAAAGAUGGAGGAUGUGAUUGGCAGGAUGCAGGAUGAAAAAAACGGCAUACCUAUCCGUACAGUGAAGAGUUUCCUAUCCAAGAUUCCCAGUGUCUUCUCUGGUUCAGACAUUGUGCAGUGGCUGCUGAAGAAUCUAUGUAUCGAGGAUCAAGUGGAGGCUCUUCAUCUGGGCACACUGAUGGCGGCUCACGGCUACUUCUUCCCCAUCUCUGACCAUGUGCUCACUCUUAAAGACGAUGGCACAUUCUACAGAUUUCAGACUCCGUAUUUUUGGCCCUCAAACUGCUGGGAGCCCGAGAACACUGACUACGCUGUGUACUUGUGCAAAAGAACAAUGCAGAACAAAGCACGUCUGGAACUUGCUGAUUAUGAAGCUGAGAGUUUAGCACGACUACAGCGGGCAUUCGCCAGGAAAUGGGAGUUUAUAUUUAUGCAAGCAGAGGCUCAAGCAAAAGUCGAUAAGAAAAGAGACAAAAUUGAGAGGAAAAUACUGGACAGUCAGGAGAGGGCUUUCUGGGAUGUGCACAGACCAGUGCCAGGGUGUGUGAACACAACAGAAGUGGACAUAAAGAAAUCAUCCAGAAUGAAGAACCCUCACAAAACAAGAAAGUCUGUGUACGGCCUUCAGAAUGACAUUCGCAGCCAUAGCCCCACCCACACACCCGCCCCUGAAGCCAAGCAACCAACCGAGGAAGAGCUUCGGGAACAGAUAAAUUUGCUGAGUUAUACUGAACAGUAUUCAGACUAUGACCCCUUCCUGUCCACUCCUGAUCCAUCCAACCCCUGGAUAUCAGAUGACACAACGCUCUGGGAGAUGGAGGCCAGUAAGGAACCCGGUCAGACUAGAGUUAGACGCUGGGGUUUUGGAAUCGACGAGGUGUUGAAAGAUCCCGUUGGGAGAGAGCAGUUCCUCAAGUUCCUGGAGUCUGAAUUUAGCUCGGAAAACCUCAGAUUCUGGCUGGCGGUGCAAGAGUUAAAGAGGAGGCCAAUCCGUGAGGUGCCAACACGGGUGCAGGAGAUCUGGGAGGAGUUUUUGGCUCCUGGAGCCCCCAGUGCCAUCAACGUUGACUCGAAAAGCUACGACAAAACCACACAGAAUGUCAAAGACCCAGGACGAUACGCUUUUGAGGAUGCACAGGAACACAUCUAUAAGCUGAUGAAGAGUGACUCUUACAGCCGUUUUAUUAGAUCCAGUGCCUACCAGGAGCUUCUGCAGGCUAAGAAAAAGAAAAGUAAGAACUUGUUUUGAAGGAAAACAUUGCUUCCAGGGAAAAUCUCUGAUACCGAAGAGGCUGCCUGCUGUCGUCCAAUCUUGCUGAGCCUCAAACAAUCCACCAAGGAUGAGGACGCUGUCAUCAUCUCUGUCAUCUGAUUGGUCCAGAUCACAAAUACCCUGGCCUGGACAACAGACCAUAUCACAUGCAUGUCCAAGAGACUGAAUUUUUACAUCAUUUUCUACUUGCUACUUGCUAGUUUCAGUCUUUAAGACAGUUAGACAUGGACUUCUAAUAUUUGGGAAAUGCAGCAAUGUCUUUCAAAAGAGGAAAAUGAUCUUCUCCUCUCCUCUUCUGUCUGUCAGGAAUGUCUCCAACUGUAGACUGAUCAAAUGAUGUCAAAAUCAGAAAAUUUUAAGUCAUAACCACAGUUAAAUAUAACAGCGUAGGCACAUUGUGUAAAAUCGAGAAGCUUUAGACAGAGAUGAUCUCUUCCUUCUCACCUUUCAUCUCUUUUUGCAUUGAUU